AUGGAGGAUAGCAGGCCAAGACUGACUGACAGAGAGUAUGAAGUUGACGAUGGUCUCAACUUGAUCACCAUUGUUGGGCUGAAGCCAGAGACCACGUAUGAGGUCAAGAUAUCAGCCAUCAACGGCAAGGGUGAAGGAGAGAGCAGCGCCCCUGAGAGCUUUAAAACCCAACCUGUCCUGUCUUCAGAGACUCCAACUUCCAUUGCUCCAACCACUGCCGACCUUAAAGGGGAACCUAAUCCUCCUAAACUGGAGGCUAAGCCACUGUCCACAGGCAACGAGAUGAAGGUCCACUGGAUCAAGCAGGAUGGGGGCUCUCCCAUCAAACACUAUCUAGUGCGCUACCGAGCUAAGAAUCGCCAGGAAUGGAAGCCGGAGAUCCGUCUGCCCAACGGCAGUGAGUACGUUGUUCUGCGCGGUCUGGACUGGAACACGGAGUACGAGGUUUACGUCAUUGCCGAAAACCAGCGAGGACGAUCUGAACCCGGCAAACUCUCCUUCAGGACCUUGCCAGAACCCACCGCCAUUCCAGAAACCAGCUCAGGGUUGAGCACCGGGGCUAUCGUGGGCAUCCUCAUCGUGGUCUUCAUCCUGCUCCUCUUCGGUGUGGACGUCACAUGCUACUUCCUCAACAAGUGCGGGCUUCUCAUGUGCAUCGCCGUCAACUUCUGUGGAAAGUCUGGGCCUUCUGCCAAAGGGAAGGAUAUCGAGGAGGGAAAAGCCGCUUUCACUAAGGAUGAAUCUAAGGAGCCCAUUGUGGAGGUAAGGACUGAGGAGGAACACACACCAAACCAUGAAGGAGGAGGAACCACCGAACCCAAUGAGACCACCCCUCUGACCGACCCUGAGCACGCUGCUGAUACCACAGCAACAGUAGUGGACUUGCUUCCCUCUGUAACCACUAACUCAGACCCCGGCACUGACAGUCCUGCUAGCGAUAGCACCACCCUUACCUCAAGCACCGCCCCUGCGGCCGACCCUAAAACGGCCCCUAAAGUUACCCCCCAAUCCAGCACCCCCAAACCUAGCGUCACCUCUCCCACCUCCACACAAGCUGCUCCUGCAGCCGUGGCCCCUCUGGUGGACCUGAGCGAAACGCCCUCCAACCAGUCCUCAAAGUCCUUAGAUGCCCCUCAGCCGUCUGAUUCGACCCCUGCAGAUCUGGCUAAAGCCGAUGGCCAGAGCCCGGCUGAGUCGGCCAAAGCCCCCCAAAGUAAGGACUCUCAGGUACAGGGAGGAGCCCACCAGACCACAGAUAGUGACCUUGCCAAGGAUGCGCUGGCCAAGCCCUCCAGCGACUCCUCCAGCGCACCCAUCCAGGACGAUGGUAAAAUCAUUGUAGAUGACAAAAGUAAAGCACCGGAGACGGAGGUAAACAAAACCCCGGCGGAGGUGAAGACAGUCCCUAAUGAAGCCCCCCAGACGAACGGCAACGAGAGCAAAGCGUGAUCCAGAAUCAGCGAGCGCACGACAGUCGCAGACAGACAGCACCACACCACCACCGUCACGUCUCAAACACAAGGGUUUCUUUCUUCAGUGUCUUUGAGUUCGCAGAACAAAACACCUCUGUAGAUGCAUAGAGCGCCUAAAGAGCUCGCGCACAUGCCUUUUAUUUUCUACUUUUUACUAUUGAAAUGUUUCGUUUCUUUCAUCAACGCAAGAAGGAAAGAUUCUUUACCUCUAGCGCAGUCUCCUUGACCUCUGCGAGUAAGAUCAGUGUCUUUCAAAUACACUUAAUGUCUUUCGAGGAAGAUCAGUAUGAGAAAUACAGUAGAUUUUGCCUUCAAACAUUCAGCCCACAGUGCCGUUUCGAUUAUGUCCCGUUUUAUCACAUGCAGUAUUGCCAUUAUUAUUAUUAUUAUUGUCUGCCACAUAUUAAUUUUGGGGGAACGUGUUUGACGUUUUGUGUUUAAAUAAUGUACAAAAGCAACUGCCUUUUUAUUUUAUUUUUCACAUUAUUUUUGAGAGCUAGCGAUAGAUUUUUAGCAUGCUUGCUUUGCAGAAUUAUUUUUCUAUGUCUAAUUUUUUUCGGUUUGUUUUAUCCCAGCCCUAAGCGUUUACAGCAUUAUACGAUGUUAUCCCCUUAUUAACACGCCAUUUGCUUCCCUUGCAAACCCGACACAACCGAUCACGCAGGGUAGAGGUCUGAACUAGCGGUUAGGGUUAUACUAUACACAGAAAAAACAUUUCCCAUUUUAUAUCUUCUUUUAUAUUACAACAUAUCCCAUUUCCCUCGAACCUUAAGAGUUUCUUCUUAACUUCAGUCCUUUAACAGAAGAGUCAAAGAGGUCUCCCGCAGUGAUCAUCGCCUAAAAACACCAUUAAAAAGACCUUUUAAACAAAACAACCUGAAGCUCGACGGCUUCUUGAGAGAAGUAGCGCUAGUGGGACGUCCCAUACGACGUCUGCCUGUGGCUCAAUUGGCCUUUGCCCGUAUAAUCGUUAGACGUCGCAUUAAAAUGAAGCCCUGGCCCUUUGACAUUGAUACAAAUGCAGAUGUUUGUCGGUUUUCACGUCUUGAAUGGCCAAAUUAUUGUUUUACUUUUUAUUUAAGCCAUAGUACUCCGGUGUGGAUCGUAGCAUAAAGAAUAUUCAGCCUGACUUUUUUUUUUUUGUACAGUGUUUCUCCUUCUUUAGGCUGCAAGCUUGUGCACUGUGAAUGCGUGAUCCUAGUGUGAAUACAGUGUGUUCUUUGUACUAGAAUAAUGACAAAAAAAAAGUCUCCAUAGGUUGUGAAAGCCGUAGCUGUUAGUUUAAACGAUGUUCAGCAAAAAAAAAAAAAAAAAAGAUGUUAAAAAAAAACGAAACGAAAAAUACAAAAAACGAUGGCAGCAGAAGUGAAAUACGGACACAAAAGGAGUUGGUGCCUUUAAUACAACCAUCCUCUCGUACGCAGGCCUGCGGUCUGGACGGGCCGCAGCGACGCUGCUGUCUCUGUGACAACAUACCCCGACGCUGUCAGGUGGUUCACAUCUGUAAACUGUGAAAAGAAGUUUUGUUUCUUGAUCCAACGUGUCGUCACUUGGUCUUUUGGGUCUGAGGGUGUAAAUGGAUCGUGGUUUUCUUAAAACUUGAGUUCUCAAAAUCUCGACAACAUGCCUCUAUUUAACUGAUGCAAAAUAAAACGUAUAUAUAUAUAUAUAUAUAUAUAUAUAUAUAUAUAUAUAUAUAUAUAUAUAUAUAUAUAUAUGCAUAUAUAAAUAUAAAUAUAUUCACAUAGAAAACUGUCUCGAUGCAUUUCGUCUCAUAGGUGCCCGUGGGUUGCGCGCUCACCCGCCGUUUAAUUACAAAAUCUCUCGUUCAUCCCGUUUGGUAAAAUGCCUUGUCAGUGACAUCUAUUUUUAAACCUGAAAUAAGCAUGCGAUGUAUUCUAAACUAGAUGUCAUUGGUGUUAAGGUUACCGAUUGAAUUGCUAAAAACUGAAAAUGUCAAAGGCUUGUACGUUUAUUUGAAUGUCAGUGAACUUUUGUCACUCACACAUUCGCUGUUCUCACUUUUGCUUUUGCAAGACGACCAUGAAGCGCUUUUCAUGGAGAUAACUUUCAUUAUUAAGGCUUCAAACAUUAUGCUACUUGAAUGUACGUUUGUGUUCUGUUAAGCAUUUGUAACGCGGUAAUAUUAAUAAUGAAAGUUAUUUUUAAAGCGUUUCCAGCUGGAUUCUGGUCUAAUAAGCAUCUGAGAGGCUUGCAGAAAGUGCACCGGGAGGCAUACAAGCUCUUGUGAUCUCUCUGAAAAACAAGCUUUGAUUCGUACUGCCAUUUAAUGUGGGACCAAUUUGUUUGUACACAGUUUACCGCCGCAACCGUGCCAUCACGCCACUUUAAAGACAAAAGUCUGUUCAAACGAUCGUUUCCAAAGCGUAUAAGGCUUGUCAUAUGAGCGCUUUAAACCUGUUUCGGGGUUUAAUGGUUUCUCUCAUCAUUUCAUUCUCAUCUCGGGAACUUUAUAAGACAUCUGUCACUUCAUGCCAUACUGAGAGGCCCUUCUCACAGCUGUAUACAGAUUUUUACAGAUCAAAUGUCACUUCCACCCCCCCACCACCACUGCCACUGCUGUAAAUACUAACCGACAACAAAAUCUGACUUCAUCCUGUCAAAAAAUUCUUGUGUUCAAUAAAAUGAGAAAAAUA